AUGGCAUUUGUGUAUAAAGAUUUCAGUGAAGAUGUUAGUGAUGAGUUUUGGUGUGUUGGUGAUAAUCAGUUAUUUCUGACACCAUAUGUGUGGGGGGACAGCCGUAGAUGUGGAAUUGCAUGGACUGAGGUUGACAAAAUCUUUUUUCCAUGUCGGCUUCCUUCAGAAGAUGAUGAAGCUGUGACACACUUUUUGUUGGGAGUAUUGGACUUGAAUCAAAAAAAGAUUGAUGUAUAUGAUUCCAUAUACAGUGAGUCAUAUGAAGCAGGAAUGAACUACAUGCAAAUGUAUGCACGCAUGAUCCCCCAUUUGCUAAAGUUCUCACAGUUUGACAAAAAUCACAAGUCUUUUGGGAAUGUCUUCAACAAAUUUGAUAUACAGUGGCAAAGAUCACCACACCAAACUGGAUCGACUGAUUGUGGUGCAUUCCUGAUCAAAUUUGCCGAGUUGCUGAUGAUUGGAAAGGACGUGCAGCAAUUCCAACCCGAAGACAUAAAAGACUUUCGAAAAGAACUUGCUGCAAAUCUUUGGGCACAUGGUGAAUGGAAAAGAAAUUCUGGUUAUGAUACUCCACCAGAAAAUUUUGGUGAUGAUUAUGAGAGUGAAAAUGAAACAUUCUGUCCAAAGGAGUUAUAA